GUAUGAGCCCUAAAAAAACUUUGGUUCCAAGGAAGAGAAUACAAGGAAUCUUUAAAUGACAAGACAUAACAGACAAUGGACAAUGAUUGUUUAUGGCAAAAUUUUGAUGAAACAAGAAAUCAUAAGAGGCUAAAGCUUGAACCUGAAGAAUCGAUUGCAAGCAAUAACAAUGGGAAUAUCAGUGGUUUGAGUAGCUUCCUGAGUCUUCAACUCCGGAUUAUGUAUGGGCUUACACACAGAGGUUCUUGGCUGCUGAGGCCAUGGAAGAAGCAGCAGUGGCCAUGAUGGGUGGGGAGGAGGACUAUGAAACUAAGGAGGAAGGAGGUGGAGAUGGGAUGAAACUUGUUCAGCAGCUUUUUGCCUGUGCGGAGGCGGUGGCUUGCCAGGACAAAACAUAUGCUUUGGUGCUACUAUUGGAGCUCAGGGCUAAUGCCCUUGUCUUCGGAACAUCUUUCCAGAGAGUUGUGUCCUGGUUUGUGCAGGGGCUGGCCGAUUGCCUUUCCUUGGUUCAACCACUUGGCACUGUCGGAGUGGUUGGACCAAAAGCAAAAAUGGCGGUUCCGGCUACUUCCAAGGAGGAUGCGGCCUUACGUCUGGUCUAUGAAAUUUGCCCACAAAUCCAAUUCGGUCAUUUUGUAGUGAAUGCAUCGAUAUUGGAAGCCUUUGAGGGAGAGAGUUUUGUUCAUGUGGUGGAUUUGGGGAUGACCCUCGGCCUGCCCCAUGGCCACCAGUGGCGUGACUUAAUGCAUAGCCUUGCCAACCGCACUGGAAAACCACCCAAACGUCUGAGAAUCACUGGAGUGGACAACCUUGAAACGCUUAAACUGAAAGAUAUAGCCGUCUCCGAUGGCGAGGUUGUGAUCAGCAACAGCAUCCUUCAAUUGCAUUGCGUGGUAAAAGAAAGCAGGGGAGCAUUGAACUCUGUUCUACAGAGGCUGCACGAGCUGUCACCCAAACUUCUCAUUUUGGUGAAGCAGGAUUCAAGCCAUUAUGGACCCUUCUUGCUUGGUAGGUUCAUGGAAGCGUUGCAUUAUUAUUCAGCCAUAUUCGACUCACUUGACGCAAUGCUUCCCAAGUAUGACACCAGGCGUGCCAAAAUUGAGCAGUUCUACUUUGCAGAGGAAAUAAAGAACAUAGUGAGCUGUGAGGGGCAGGCUCGGAUAGAGAGGCAUGAGAGGGUUGAUCAGUGGCGCAGGAGUAUGAGUCGUGCCGGUUUCCAGUCUGCUCCGAUCAAGAUGAUAACUCAGGCCAAGCAGUGGCUAGCGAAGGUCAAGGGACUACGUGCGUGGAUAAGGUCCGAUCCACAGAUAUCGUACCGGUUCGAAAGUGAAAGAGGGCACAAACAAGUUCAGAGGAAACACAGCAAGAGGAAGGAGAACAUGGUGUCGAAAAUGGAGGUGGGUAUGUCUCUGAAUGCGAUGGUGAGGCUUCCACUGUCGAGUUCGAGGGCGCAUGAAGAUGGGUAUGGGUUGGCGAAGCACUUGUUUUUCAGUCCCAAAACAACUCAGCAAACGCCGCAGCGACGGAUGCUGGUGGUGAAAGCUAAGGGGAAAAAGGGUACGGAAGCUCGCCGGUUUCAAAGGCCUCCGGGACCUGUCUUGCCCAAGAUUGAAGACGAUGGCAACCCUCGCUUCGUCGUCUUCAUCCGCAUGGCCAAUGUUUAUCUUUGGUACCCACUUAGUAUUAUAACAGGUGGGACUACUGCCAAAAUCAUGGUUGCUGCAAAGGACAAUUUCCUGGGAAAAUACAUCUACAAAGAUACAUUAGCUAGAAAUCUUGCGGCAGUUAUUUACAGAGAUGAGAAGGAGAUACAGAAGACGGCAUUUAAACAGUAUCGUGUAUUGCGGGAGGCAACCAAGUUCAGAUAUGGUUACAAGCUUGUGGAAAAUGGCAAUGUGAGAGCUGCACUGUCAACAACCAAUGUUAUUGAGCUUCCACCACCAGAGCAGCUCAAAACAGUGGUGGACAAAGUGAAAGAUUUCUUUGGGGAUGCCAAAGAGUCUUUUGGGAAGCUAACAGCAUUAAACUCAGACACAGCUGAGGAGUCAGAAGAAACAUCUACAGAAAAGGCCAAGUAAGUUCAACAGCUAUUAACCCAUCUUGAAAAGCAAAAUUUUAGCUAGAAAUUAGUUUCGCAGGUGGUACUUUAACCAUGGUUAUGAGAAACAAUCAACUUAUUGGUUCUUGUCCUAAGUUUGAUUUUAUUGAAAUAACUCUUUCAUUUCUUAUUCCUUUGACAAAUCUACCAGUGUUAAACGCUAAAGGGUCGAUAAACCAUGUAAUUGUGGGUGUCACAUUUGUCCUUGUCUGGAUGCUCAAUCUGCUUCAUGGAUUUGCAGGGCAAGUUGAUGAGAACAACAAUUACACUGCACAAUUUUGUUCAUAGAUCUUUGUUUAUUGAGCUGAAAUUCUCAGCAACCUUUAAUGUCAAUCAAACCAUAUUUUGUUAUAUAUGAAGUACUUGAGUUUGAAUUACAAUGAAUUGGUCCAAAGCAU